AUGUGGAAAUUUACACUAUGGAACGUACUGGCGAUAGCCUUCGGCAUAGGCGUAAGCGCCGAAUUUUCCGACAUUUUCGACGAGGAACUGUUUAUAAAGCCACUGCCGGAUAAAUUCGUUUACAGCUAUUUCCAGUUCACAACCCGCUGGGAGCUGGGCAAGAACGAUAGUCUGCUCCAUACCAACUUAGUGCCACGUCCUUUAGCAGAGUUGUUCUAUCAUUUUGGCGUUCAGGAGCUACAUCUUAGCUUCACGUACGGUUUGUGGCGAUACGAAUCCUGGGGCUAUCCCGUAACCGAUGCCGGACCAGGCGCAGAAGUAUGGGCCUGGUUUGAGCCCACAACCGACCGUGCAUCGGUUGAUCACCGUUGGAAGAUGCUCUGUGGUACGCUUUCCGGUCUUUUCUGUGCAUCGUUAAGCUUCAUCGAUCCAAGCAACACGUACGAACCGGUUUAUACGUUACGUCCGCAAACACAUCACUUUCCGGGCCAAGCCGAACCGAUCCUGCGCUAUGCAGCCUUGCCGCGGGAAAUUGUGUGCACAGAAAACUUAACACCAUGGGCAAAACUUUUGCCCUGUCGUUCGAGGGAAGGUUUGGUGUCGUUGCUUGUGCCGGACAGUAUUUACUCGAGCAACUAUCACUCGCUCGGUGUGCACAUGCGGAAACUCUGCGCUAAUGCGGAAUGUAGCGAGUUUCAGUUGGAAGUGAAGCAAACAGUUAGUGUUGUGCAGGAUUUGCGACUAUUUGGCGGCCCUAACUGGUCCAUCCGCAAGCUGUUCGGUCAGGGAAUGGAGGGUUCGUGUGCACUUGCAACUACCAGCAACGUGUACGUCGACGUUACAGACAGCAAUGGUGCCAUCGAUGUAUCACAAAAGGCCGAUGAGACGAUUCUAUCGAUACGCGGUGGUGCCCGGACGGAACUUCAACGCUUCGACGUAAAGCAGUUCGAAGCGAUCAUGGCAAAGGGCCGUCGAGCGAUGUUUAACGUGGCAGUAAUGGACAAACGGGAUCCGAAUGUGAUUAUCGUCGCUGGGCCACCACCGAUAUUUGCCAAACGAUUCAUUCUGGGCGUUGGACAGGAACGAGGCAAAAUCGUUACACACAUCACAAACGCUCACUGGGGAGCGUUGGAUUUGAUUGUGUUCGAAAACAUUCCCUGGUUUGUGCCAAUUUAUCUGCACACGCUCACGAUCCGACAAGGCAGCGAACGGAUCCAGCCAGCCUUCCUGCAUUAUACACCCGGUGUUCAGAGGGAGCGUCCGUACGGACUAGAGGUAGCGUUCCGCAUACCAGCCCGUUCCACCGUUGAACUUUCGAUCGAUUUCGAUUACAUCUUUCUCAAGUGGCAAGAGUACCCACCGGAUGCGAAUCAUGGUCAUUACAUUCCAUCAUCGAUUAUCUCGCUGCUAUUGCCCUCGGCACGCAAUUACACCUCUAUUCCUCGGGAGGCCGCACUCUUCCGUGAUUCGUUCAACGCCACACAGCUGGCGGGAUACUUUCUGCAGGUACGAACCGAAUCGUUGCUACUUACGCUGCCAACACCGGACUUUAGUAUGCCGUACAAUGUGAUUUGUUUGGCGUGUACGGUGGUAGCGCUCGCUUUCGGCCCAAUACACAACAUCUCGACCAAGCGUAUCGUCGCAAAGGGUAAAGAAACAUCCAAGACAUCGCUCGGGAAGAAGGUGAAACAAUUUUUCAAAAUCAAAUCGGGUCGAACUGCAAAACAAGCCAAAGACGAGCAGACCGCUAGCACAGAAGACUUGAAUGCGCCCGAUACGGAAUAAUG